GAGGUGACAGUGGAUUGGGUAAUGCCAAUACAGCUUAACAUUGAAUUUACAUUGCAAAUUACAUGCUGUCGUGUUUACCAAUUUUUAAAUGUUUUGCCGUUCCUGUGUCAGUAUAAUGUUCUCCCUCACAGGAAGCUCCAACUCAUGAUUACGUAACGACGCAACACUUCCAGGAAAUAGUGUGUUAAACCAUUUGAACGUACUGUACAUAUAUACUCCCCAGCAAGUAUUACGCCACACCAGGCGAACUACGUCUGGGAUCGGUUAAUGCUAUUUUUGUGACAAUGAGAUGUACACAGAUAAUACUCAGCACACGCAUUGAUGAUCUGUUUUUGUGUGAUGAUACUUUACUUCCAAGUCAUGAAAAGGUUUUUUGUUUUUUGUUUGGACAAUGAUCCAGAACCCUUGUUUUCGAUUUGAAGCAAUUCUUCAAAUUUGGGGUUGGUUAACAUGAAAUAUAGUUCAAAUAAAGAGAGUUAUAUGGAUUCAGGGAUCAUGGGCAGACCAACAAUGCGCUCCAUAAUUCACAAGUGGGAGACAAGUGAAGAGAUAGUUUUUCUGUAAUAUACCUGGCUGGAGUGGGUUUUGUGGUUUUGUGUUUAGAUAUUGUGUUUUCAGAAUAUUACUAUCACUUGUGAUAAAAACCAAAAUACACUCAGACAUUUGUUUUAUAUGUGCCAAUGUUCUUAGAAUGGUAUUUGUGCAGGCAAAUUGUAUAAUGCGGUUAUGUACUAUAUAUGUAACUACACCUAUCAGUACAGGCAAAGUUGUGAACAUAACUAAGCAGGCAGACUAAACUAUAAAUUCAAAAUAGGAUUGAUGAUAAAUACAAAUAAAAAACAUUUAACUGUUUACUUUAAUUUAUAAAUUGCCAGGGUACCUGUGCUAGAAUCCCCCUACUGUGGAUCAAUCAAGUCUUCGGAGCAUUCCUUCAUGUGUUGCCUAAAUGGUUUGAUCCGUUCAGUUGUGUCAUCGAUCAGUCAUGUUUCAAAGGGUUGAGGCCUCGAUCAGAAUCACGGUUGUUACUUCACUGCCAUACUGUCUGGACUGCAAUAAAGAACCACUUCAGGUUUGGACCAAACAUGACAUUCAAAGUCGAGGUAAUCUAUAGCCGAGAGUCUUGAGUCAACAGCACAACUGUGUGCUUGGAUUUACAAACCAGUUGACUGCCAUCUCAAACGUAACUCACUAUUUGUACGAAAUCAAUCGUGUUUUGUAGGUAAUCGCAGGGUCGCAGUAAAUACAUAUAUUUUUAUUUUAGCUCAUGUUUGAGACCUAUUUAUUAACUUCGGCCUAGUUUGCUCUGUUAUUUACUUUGCCAACUGCAAAGAUUGUUACACUUCCAUUAAAUGAUUUCCUCACAAACAAGACAACUGUAGUUUUUGCUGUUGCAUCAUUCACAUGUUCGGGGGAAGAUGUUUACUAGGACAGGGGCACAAAAGGAAGGCCGUUAUCUGACUGUUCAAUUCCCAAUCUAGAUUAGUAAAUAGAUGGCGAGAAGGUUUUUUUUGAGAGUCACCUUUUAAAGGUUUUCCGGGACAUGAGGUUGAUUCCUUUGUCAAAUCGUGUUUUGAUGUGAAUUCAGUCUUCUUGAGUAAAUAUCUCCAAAUUGAGGUAUUGCAGUCCGCACGCGCUCGAUGUUGUCCUGUUAUAUAGCCUACAUAUCUUUGCGUUCACAUGUACCAUCAGGGCUGGAUAGAGACUUCCGACGCUGUGUUCGAGAGACAAUUCCAGCCCCAAUUUGUUUACAUCGAGAUGGCUUGCCCCGAGCAGUAAAGGAAAUGAACAGCCAGCUCCAGAGACAAGGCUCUGCUACAGCAGUCCAAGGAACUGGUUACACCAGCGACCAGGGAUCCCCACGGUUGCGACGGGUUACCUCUUCACGGCCCGACCAGAAUGCCCCUCAGUUUAACUGGCGCCCAGCCUCUGCGGCCCAGGAGGAUGCAGGGCAGGAAGCGGCCGUACCCCCUAAAGACCUCCGAGCACUCCCCAUGCCAAUGGCCCUGAAAAGAGCCAUCAGUCAGGUCCAGCAGAUGCAGGUGCCAGUGUUGUCCAGUUUCCAGUCCUGGAAGAGGAGCAAAGCCAAAUCGCUGAGUCGGGCCCGCAAAAGUAUCGGAGGAUUCCUGCACUAUGUCACACUCUGGAGGAGGUCCCUGAACAAGAUUGGAGGGAACUUUGGAGAUGGUGUCCAGUCUUACUUCCUGUUCCUGCGAUUCUUGGUGGUCCUCAACUUCCUGUCCUCCAUGCUGAUCAUUGGAUUCGUCCUCAUCCCCAGCAUUGUGUUCAGAUCUGUUGCGUCAAAUUCUGUGACCAUGAUGGAUAACGGCACAGCAGAAUGCAGACAGUAUGACCAUAAACCAGACCCUCUCGUGAGAUACUACAGCUACUUCCUGGACUUACUUUCUGGAACCGGCUUCAUGGAGUACACCUACCUGUUCUAUGGCUACUACCGCAACACCAUGGUGGCCGAAAGUGACUUUUCCUACAACAUCCCACUGGCUUACCUCUUCACUGCUGUCUUUUACUUUGUCUUUUGUCUCAUCUGCAUCACUGCACGCGCGGGGACUGCUGUUCGUGUUGCUGUGGCAACAGGAGGCGGCGCCACAGGCAGUUACAGUAGGAAUGUGUUCACUGGCUGGGACUUUGGUUGCCUCGGUGACAGGGCUACGAAACUGAAACAGAAAAACCUUCACUACCGGCUUCAGGUGGACCUCGAAGAGGAGAGGAUAAAGAAUGAGGCUGCCUCUCUGACCUUGCGUCGAAAAGUAUUGCUGUACUCGUCGCGUAUUCUUCUGUCUCUCGUUGCUUUCGGCCUAAUUAUCGCAGCUUUCUUCGGCAUUUACCGAGCCACCACCUUCAGCCAGAGCAAAGUCAAAGAGACAGGAGUGCUUGGGCUGUUCUACGAGUACCUGCCCUCCAUCGUCAUCACCGUGGGGAACUUCGUUGUUCCCGUGCUCUGUGACCAGAUAGCCUUGCUGGAGCGGUAUAACCCCAGCAUCACUGUCAUUGUGGCCUUGCUAAGGUCAGUUUUUCUGAGAAUGGUCAGUCUGGGUGUCCUCUUGUUCACAUUGUGGAGCCAGAUAACCUGUUUUGAAGGGGUUUCUGAGGAAUGUGCAUUAUGCCACUACAACCACAAGAGCUACCCAUGUUGGGAGACCCGAGUGGGACAGGAGAUGUACAAACUGACCCUGUUUGACCUGCUCAUCACCCUCGCAAUGCUUGUGCUGGUCGAGUUUCCACGCAGGAUGGUGGUUGACAACUCAUCCAACAAGCUGAUUCAGUUUGUAGGCCGUCAGGAAUUUCUAGUCCCGGUCAAUGUCCUGGGACUGGUGUACGGACAGACGGUCGUGUGGACAGGGGCUCUGUUUUGCCCUCUGCUGCCGCUCAUUAACACUUUGAAAUUUGUGAUUGUCUUCUACGCUAAGAAGAUAACACUCUUCUCCAACUGCCGCCCGGCCGCCAAGACGUUUCGCUCCACCAAGUCCAAGGUGUUCUUCCUGCUGGUGCUGCUGUUUGGCUGGAGCCUCGCGCUGGUAGCCCUGAUCUACAGCAUUGCCGAGAUCCACCCUUCGAUGAGCUGCGGGCCCUUCCGCUCUCUCACCUCAAUGUGGACAAUCGUUCCUCUUUCGUUCUAUAGCCUCUCCUUAACGACACAAGGCUUCCUCUACUUUAUUGGCUCACAGCGCUUCUCCAUUCCCUUGUUUCUUUUCUUUAGUGUGGUGAUGUGCUAUUUCAUAGCCUUAGCCUCCGUUUACGGAAAAAGUGUGGACUUGCUCAAAGCUCAGCUUAAACUGGAGGCCCGCGACAAGCAGUUCCUGGUCAAACAGAUUGAAGAGCUCAGUCGAACGCUUGGAGUUGCAAAAUAAUUCACAAUAUAAAAUUGCC